CAUAAAUACUUUUGGCAGAGUUAUGAAUGAUCGUGCUUCGAUUUAGUUACCCCGAAUUGCCAGUGUGACUUUUUCUAACGGAGAUAUUGUACUACAAAUAGGUUACUAAUAGUAAUAUUUCUUGAACCCAGUUUUUCGUGAAUGAUCAAAAUUUCGUAAUUUUAGUAUGUGUUACAAAUACAAAAUGUUCGAUAUUGUAAUUUUUGGCGCAAACGGUUAUACAGGCUGCUAUGUCAUAGAAGAAUUAGCAAGAUCUGCAGUCACAUCCGAUGUUAAAUGGGCUAUUGCCGGCAGAAAUGUACAGAAAUUGCAGGAAUCUUUAUACAUAAUUCAAGAAUAUCUUGAAAAUGGCAUUGACAUUUGUAGAAUACCAAUCAUAAUAGCAGAUGCACAAGAUAAAUCAUCUGUUUUUAAUAUGUGUAAGGUAGCAAGACUUAUUCUGAAUUGUGCGGGACCUUAUGAACCUCAUGCUGAAAACAUUAUCUCAGCUUGUGUUGAAAAUGGUACCCAUUAUGUGGAUCUUAGUAUUGAAAUCAGAUUCUUUUUACAUAUUCAAGCAAGAUAUUUCCGGAGUGCUCUUGAGAAAAACAUUUACAUAGUACAACAGUGUGGAUUUGGUUGCAUACCUUCUGACUAUGGUGUUUGCUUAUUAAGGGAAAAAUUUCCAGGUGUUUUAAAUUCUGUAGAAUAUUAUGUUGAAAUCGGAGAGGGACCUCAGUAUUCUAAUCUGCUUUGUAAAGAACUUCAAGCUGUAGUUACCCAAUGA